CACGCCACAAAGCUGCAGAGCUGAGCGAAAUGCCAACCUCAACGACCUCCACUCCAUCUCCUCCCUUGCUCCAUGGCGUCCCUGCCUUCUCUCGCAGUCGGCGGCGCCACCCUGCACAGGCUCGACUCCGACCCCCGGAAGCUCCUCCCGGCGUCCGCCGUCCCUCUAGAAAAGAAAUUGGCUUACCAGAGAAGCCCGCCGGCGGCGGAAGGUAUCCUGGAGGCCUCGGCGCCGCCUCUCGACGCGCAGGAAGCUCUAGCUCUGCUGAGAGAUCGGACGGCCGUCGAGUCCGCCUUCUACGUUCCCCUUCUGCAGCGGUGCGUCGAGACCAAGUCACUUCCCGACGCCGGAGUCGUCCACGCUCACAUUAUUAAGACCGGCUUCCAUCAAGAGACCUUUCUGUCGACGUCCCUCGUCAAUUUGUACAUGAAAUGCGGCUCGACGGAAUACGCUCGCAAGGUGUUUGUCACAUUGCCCCGCAGAAAUGUCGUCGCUUGGACGGCGAUGAUCACUGGCUACGUUCACAAUUCUCAGCCCACUGACGCCAUCGGAGUGUUUCUUCACUUACUUGAAUCGGAGUGUUAUCCGACGAGCUUCACGAUCGGAGCUGUUCUGAGCGCAUGCUGCGCUCUCAGCUCGAUCGAGAUCGGUAAACAAGUUCAUGGCUAUGUGAUUAAGUAUGGGGCUGAAUCUGAAACAAGCAUGGGCAACUCACUUUGCAGCUUAUACUCCAAAUGCGGAAGCUUUGAAUCUUGUUUGAAAGUGUUUGAAAGAAUUCCCGACAAGAAUGUGAUAUCUUGGACCACGGCCAUCUCAUCUUGCGGCGACAAUGGCUAUCCCGAAUUGGGUCUGAGUAUCUUCGCCAAUAUGCUCUCUGAAAAUGUCGAGCCAAACGAGUAUACUCUAACGAGUGUGUUGAGCUUGUGCUGCAUGGUUCGGGAUCUCGGUCUGGGGAAGCAAAUUCACUCUUUCUGCAUCAAAUUUGGAUGCGAGCAGCAGCUUCCUGUGAAGAAUUCAACCAUCUACUUGUAUCAGAAAUGCGGCGAGAUCACUGAGGCGAGGAGAUUGUUCGACGAAAUGGAUAGAGUUAGUCUGAUCACAUGGAAUGCGAUGAUCGCCGGCCAUGCUCAGAGGAUGAAUUGGGCAAAAGAUGAUAUCAAAUCCAACCUCAGUGGCUUUGAGGCACUCAAAGUGUUUCAGAAACUCAAUCGGUCAGGGACAAAGCCGGAUCUCUUUAGCUUUUCGAGCAUUCUAACCGUUUGCAGCAGCCUUCUGGCUUUAGAGCAAGGAGAGCAGAUUCAUGCUCAGACCGUCAAGACCGGGUAUUUAUCGGAUGUCGUCGUGAGUAGUGCAUUACUGAACAUGUAUAACAAAUGUGGUUGCAUUGAGGAUGCAAUCAGAGCAUUUUUGGAGAUGUCGACAAGGACCUUGAUAUCUUGGACUUCUAUGCUCACCUGCUACUCACAGCAUGGUCGUCCUAAGGAAGCGAUACGACUCUUCGAGAACAUGAGGUCGGCCGGUGUAAGGCCUAACCAAGUCACCUUCGUCGGCGUGCUAUCUGCCUGUAGCCACGCAGGCAUGAUCGAUGAGGCUGAGUAUUAUUUCGACAUGAUGACAGAUGAGUACGGGAUCAGGCCUGUUAUGGACCAUUAUGCUUGCAUGAUCGAUAUGUUUGUCAGACGAGGCCGGCUGGAGGAUGCUUUUGCAUUCGUAGACAAGAUGGAUUUUCAACCAAAUGAGAUCAUUUGGUCGAUUUUGAUCGCCGGGUGUCGAAGCCACGGCAACAAGGACCUAGGAUUUUAUGCUGCAGAGAAGUUGCUCGAGAUCAAACCGAAAGGGAUCGAGACAUAUGUGUUGCUGCUGAACAUGUACAUAUCGGCUGAGAGGUGGCAGGAUGUUGCUAAAGUGAGAAGUCUGAUGAAAGACGAGAACAUCGGAAUCAUACGAGAUCGAAGCUGGAUUAGCAUCAAAGGCCAAGUUUCUUUCUUCCUAGCCAACGACAAAUCACACCCUCAGAGCACCGAGAUGUACAAUUUAUUGGAGAAUUUGCUUCGAGAAGCAACGAGCCUGGGGUAUGUUCCUUACAAAAGUGUCGAGUUCUCGGUCAAGGAGGAUGAAGAAAGCUCGAAUGGCUCUUCCACCAUCAAGCACCAUAGCGAAAGAUUGGCCAUCGCUUUCGGUAUGAUCAAUACGACCGAAGGGGCAACCGUACGAGUCGUCAAGAACAUCACAAUGUGCAGGGACUGCCAUAAUUUAGUGAAGUUCUUUACUACAAUAACCAAAAGAGAGAUCAUUGUGAGGGAUAGCAAGCGGCUCCACCGGUUUACCGACGGCAAAUGCUCGUGUGGAGAUUUCGGGGCAUUCCUAUGAUACUAAUGCCAAAAGUUCUCAUUUUGAUACCCGAACUCCACACUUCCUACUGAUCGAAACUUCGAUAUGUACCCCUUCUUGAGGUUGUGCAAAUUGUGAUUGAUUUGCGAAAGAUGGUGGAAUUUGUAGAUGGAGCCCGAAGUGAUUUUAAAAGUAAAGCAUUGUUUACGAUCGAAGUGGAUCUCUUCGGUAUCGAGAAAACAAUUGUCAUGUGUUUGUAUUUGAAGUCCCUUAAUGUUGUAGGAGGCCCGCCCUUUUUUUAGGCUAUCUUAUUAUGGUUUUGUGCCCUGAACUUGAAGCCCUUGCAGCAAAAGAUGAAACCCUCACCCUCAUGGCCCCCACCAAUCGGACCCACGGUUAUUGUGAGGGAGGUAAAUCGUAGCACCCGAGCUAACAUGGGACGGACCGGAUGGGAUACAGGGAUAGGGAAUUUAUUCCCUCGUUGCCACUGAGUUUCGACCUGAAACCUCCUUGCAGCAACUUCCGCCCCAUGCCAUCUCGGAUGAUCCACGGGGUCGCCCUGAACUUGAAGCCCUUAAACAUAGCUGAAGUGGUAAGUAGAUGAAAAUUUAUUAUUUGAGGUGAUCGAACCUUGGAUUUGGUAGGGCACAAAUCAUUGUGAUUUACCUCAAUUAGAUUGAUUUCUUUCAGGACAGACUUCAAUCAUUGGUGGCAAAAAGCGAAUACGUUCGCCCCCAACGCUCUCGCCAAUUCGUCCCAGGGUAAACACGGAGGAGGUAAAUCACGGGCGGCUACUAGUCUUUAGAAUAAUGACUAACACAUCAGGGAGAUAUUUACCUCGGCUUUACCGAGAUUCGAACCCCAAACUUCAUUGAUGGUAACACCUCAUGUACUAGCCAUUAGAUCCAUCCGAGGGAACAGACUUCAAUCAGGACGACCUCUUUCGGGUCAGACUUCAAUCUUCAAGUAGGCUGCCCUUCCUUUGGGUUGGACUUCAAUCAAAUCGACUUCCUUCAUGUCGGACUUUGGUUGAGUCAACUUUUGUUAAGUUGGCUUCCUUGUAAAUCAGCCUUAGUGAUCAGCGCUCGCUCCAAUAAUCGCUGCAUCAAAUCAAAGUUGUAAAUUGGGGCGGACCAAACUUGAAUGUGAAUUGGACAGAGUUGAUUUGAGGUCUUCUAGCGGGGUCGACUUGACCCAAGCUCGGUCUGAUCUAACUCGAGCUCUGCUUGUCUUGACUCGAGCUUGGUUUGACUUGACUUCCAGCUCAGCUUGACCGUUGGCUUGACUAUAUCACAUGGUGCCAACUAUCUUCACCACACCGGAUUUUAAUUUUUUUUAAAAAAA